UGCAGAGUGCAGGCAGACGACGAGCCAUGGACUUAUUGUCGAGCAGUUCCGACGACGAGGAGGCGCCACCCCUUGCAACUCAUGCGACGUCCUUCGCGUACAAACCUCCUUCUCUACCAACAUAUCAAUGCGCCAAGCCAUCCUUGUCUGUCUUCAGUAGCAGUAGUGACGACGACGACGAGAACAACCUCAUGGGCACCGCUCGCAACGUCGUCGGUGGGACAAAGCGACCCCGUCCCACACCACACGGCCGCAAUGUCCGCGACGAGAGCAAAAGUAGCAGUAGCGAAAGUAGCAGCAGCAGCGACGAAGCCUUCCCGAUCAGCGGCCCUUCUCGACAGGCAUCGUCGCCACGUCAACCUGAUGGGAAGAUGUCGGCCAUUCAACACCUUCUCUCCCUGAACGCGAACGCGUUGUCUCUUCCCAUGUUCCAGCAUCUCCUACCUCCACCCGUGCGGCGUCCACCGUCACCACGCCGCGACGCUAUCCAGGCCACGCCAUCACCACCUCCAUCCACGACACCCGAGACACAUGCUAAAACUGAUCGUCGCACCAAGGACGUCGGACCUCAGGAACGCAUCUUCGCGAGCCCAUGUACCUAUCAAACCCCCUCCAAUCCAUCUCCAUCCUCCUCAUCGAAUGUCCGUCCGCGCUCGCCGCCGCCACGACCUGCGUACAUUUCCCCAUUUGGUCGGCAGAAGUUAACCGAAUGUUUGCCCGUGCCUCCGCUACGCCGUCGGAGUUUAACCACGCCUUCCAAGCCUACAGACAACAACAUUAGUGACAUCGACGAGUGGUUUAGUGACAUUGACGAGCCCCCCGUAGUGACCAAACGCGCCAGACACAGCCAUCCCCCUAAAACCGCCAAAAAUCCCUUGCUGUUUUCAGAUGAACCAGUCAAGCGUACACGGCCUCCGCCGCCCAAAACCCCGUCGCCUUCCCUCGCCUUAACGACCCACCCCCCACACGACGACGACGACGACUUGAUGGAAUUGGACCAGACGUGGCCCCAACUGCCUCCCCCCGAGGACCAAUCACCUGAAGACGUCGAGACUCCCCUCGUCCUGCAGCAAGGCGACCGCGUGGUGCAAGUUCACGGUCGUUUCAAUCAGUUUUUAUUGCCAUAUCAGCGCGAAGGCGUGCGCUGGCUCUUCGAAGCCGUGCGGGGCAACCGCGGCGCCAUUUUGGGGGACGACAUGGGGCUGGGUAAGACGGUGCAGAUUCUCGCGCUGCUAUCGGCCGUGCUGUUCAAGCACGGAACUGCCAAAGCAGAUAAGCGGCACAAAAGUGAUGAAUCGCCUGGCCCUGUACUGGUGGUGGUCCCCGCAUCGUUGUUGGCCAACUGGGAACUCGAGUGCAAAGUGUGGAUGUGCUGCCGAGUGGCAAUUUUACACGGCAAACCCAAAGACCGCCGCGAUAUCUUGGAAGCUAUGGCUCGAGACGCGUAUGAAGUGGUCUUGUGCAGCUACGAUCUGCUCAAGUUGCACCUGUCGGAAUUGAAUGUAAUCGAAUGGUAUAUUGUCGUUCUGGACGAACUGCACAACUUGAAAAAUCCCGAGGCCCAAAUCACCAAAGCUGUCCAGCAACUUGCUUGCAAACGCAAGCUUGGGCUCAGUGGCACACUCAUGCAAAACAACGCCGACGAAUUGCACUGUGUACUGGACACGAUCCAUCCCAACUGUUUGGGGUCGUUGAAUGACUUUCGGGCGUUUUAUAUUGACGACAUCAAAUUUGCAAGAAAAAAAUCGGCGGCGCCGCAAGCCAUCGCCCGCAGCGAAGCGAAAGAGCGGCAAUUGAGGCAAUUGCUCCAGCCAUAUUAUCUACACCGCGACAAAACAGUCAACCCGCAGUUUACAAAGAUCAAAAAGCACGACCAAGUGGUGCUGUGCCCACUGACGAAACUCCAGCGCUCCGUGUACGUUCGAGUGACGUCGCUGCCCGAGUACCAAGCGCUGAUGGACCCCGACACAAAAGAGGUGGAUCCCCCGGGGGUGCUCUGGCGGCACGUGCACCCCACGGGUGAUAAGUGCGCGCAAUGUCCGCUGAAUUGCAUUCAGUUUGUGGCCAUGACCCAGCUGUUGAAAAUUGCCAACCACUUGGACUUGAUUCGAGUAAAUCCGGCCGAUUCCACCGACCAGCAAGCCGCGACGAAAGCGUUUGCCACCGUCGCGUUUGGUUCUGAUGUGGACGAAGCGGGGGGCUUGACUCGAGCGGCGGGGUUGUUUGACAAGAUGAACUCGGCGCUGUGUGGCAAGAUGGAAGUGCUCAAGGGGUUACUCGAACGGUGGCGGGUCAAGCGCGAAAAGGCGUUGGUGUUCAGCCGCAACGUGCGGAUGCUCGAUAUUUUGCAGGCGGUACAUACAGUUGUUUAUUUAGAAUAACUCCCUUUCUUCAUAUAUAUUUCGCUUUAAUUCGUCUUGCUAGAAUCCGUUAAUUCGUAUAUAUUUCGCUUAGAUCGUCUUUUUUAUAAACUAGUAUAUAUAUUAUUUUGAUUCGUCUGUUAAGAAUCUCGUCUAUUUACAAUCCGAUGAUUCAUUUUUUUCGCUUAAUUUGGUAUUUUUCGAGUCCGUUUGUUAAUUUUAUUUAUGUCAUGUUUAACACUAAAACGACUGGUUAGUUUGUGAUUUCGCAAGGAUUGGCGUACGUCCGGUUGGACGGCGGCACAAAAGUGGACGAACGACUCAAUCUCGUCCAUGCAUUUAACCAAGACCCGUCCCUCGGCGUGUUUCUCAUCAGCACCAAAGCAGGUGGGUUGGGCCUGAACAUUACGAGUGCGACGAAUGUGGUUGUAUUCGAUCCGAGUUGGAACCCCGCGCACGAUUGCCAGGCGCAGGACCGCGCGUAUCGCAUCGGCCAAACCAAAGACGUCCAUGUGUACCGACUCGUGACGAUGGGGACGAUCGAAGAAAUGAUUUAUGCGCGCCAGAUUUACAAGCAGCACAUGGCCGACACAACGUUGGAAGGCAAGUCCAUGCCGCGGUACUUUGAAGCGAUUCAGGGCGUGAAAAGCCAGCAAGGCGAGCUGUUUGGCGUGCGCAAUCUGCUCCAGUUCCAACCCCAGGGAGUGAUGAAGGCAAUCCAAGACCGACGAGCGAUGGCAGAAACCAACGAAGAAGCAGAAGCAGACCAAGUGGUGAUGGUGGACAACGUCCUGGAGCUACGAGCAGCAUCUGGCCAAGCCAGUGGAGGGGACGAGGAGUGGCCGGUCGUGGAGGAGUUGGCGCUCAGUCAAGCGAUUCCCUCCAAAAAGCAAGUGCCACUGAAGAAAGAGUUCAACCUGUAUGUGCCGCAAUACCUUCAACAGCCCAAAGAGUGACGGAAUGAAUGGGUGGAUGGCUAUAAAUAAUGAUAAGUCGAUUGGGAUGACAGAUUCA